UCCCAUUUCAGGCCGCGCGCACUUGCAGAAGGUGUAUUGUGCUAUAGCAUAUGCUUGUAUAUACAUAUGUAAAUACAUAAAUAUAUAAAGAUCUGAAAGAAGGUGAAAUAUAGAGAGAGAAAGCUAAACUAUUCGCAACGAAAGAAAGUGAACUUUGUGCAGAGUGCCCCCAUUCCUGUGUAUCUGUGCUAAAUCUUGCUUCUGGACACAUCCUGUAGCGUCUUCUAUAUAUCAGUCGAAAUCAAAAAGUGCAUCGCUGCCAAUUGAUUUGCAUGGCGAAUUUAAGCAGCUCCCGGAGUGAUAACUCACUCAACUAUAGCAGUGAUAUCAACGCCAUCAGUGUUGAAUUACUUGAAAAUUCAAGUGAACUUCACUCAGUGAAAGGCCUUAAAUAUUUACCUGCCUGGCCUGCUAUUAAUUUGGAGUUCACAGGUCUGACAUGCGAAGUGCCAGAGUUAGGAAAUGCACGAAAUACGAAACCCAUUUUGCAUGGCGUUAGCGGCGAAUUCCGUUCGCAUGAACUCACAGCUAUAAUGGGUCCCUCAGGAUCCGGAAAAACAACUCUGUUAAACUUGCUUGCGGGAUUUGGCUCUAAUUUAACUGGCGGCGAAAUUUUGGUAAACAAUAGUCCACGUGAUAUGCGUAUUUUUCGAAAAAUGUCCAGAUAUAUCAUGCAACAUGCAGAUGCCCUCGAUCUUCAGCUUACAAUUCGGGAAACUAUGGUUUUGGCAGCAAACUUAAAGCUUGGUAAUGAAUUGAGUACAGAACAAAAGCAGGAGGUGAUCGAUGAAAUAUUACUGAUGUUACGCUUGAAGAACGCUGAAAACACAAAGGCCAAGAUGUUGUCUGGCGGUGAGCGAAAGCGUAUGAGCGUCGCUCUUGAACUUAUUGAUAAUCCACCCGUAGUUUUUUUAGACGAAGCCACCACCGGGUUAGAUGAUCUCUCCAGCUCCCAGUGCGUUGCUUUAUUGCGUCGCAUUGCACAUGCCGGACGUACCAUCAUCUGCUCAAUACACACGCCAUCGGCAAAAAUUUUUGAAAUGUUUGACAAAGUAUAUGUUUUGGCGGCUGGUCGAUGCAUCUAUCAAGGCAAAGGGGCCAACAUUGUUCCGUACAUGCAGCAUUUAGGUAUUUCCUGUCCUCUCACAUACAACCCCGCUGAUUUUAUAAUCGAAGUGGCCUGCCACGAGUAUGGAAGCAUCGUGGGCCACAUGGUAGGAGCAGUUAAUAACGGAAAGGUCUCAAGUUGGACAUCAGAAGCAGAAAAUGGAAAAAACACACCCAGCAAAUCAGACACCACAUCAGGUGCAUCAUCUUAUCCUGAAGUAGAGCACUUUGAAAAGGAAAUCAACCCAAAUCUUUUAAAGGCCAAAUCUAGUUGGUGGAUGCAGUACAAGCUGUUGCUAAUGCGAAUGUUGUUGCAAAUGUGGCGGGACAAGUCCCACAUUAAGAUGAAAUUCUACAUGAACAUUAUAUUGGCGUUAAUUGUAAGUGGCCUUUAUAUGGACAUUGGGAACGAUGCUUCAAAGGCCCUUUUCAACUUUGGAUUUAGCUUCACAAUUAUUAUAGCAUAUCUAUAUUUACCAAUGAUGCCGGUUUUGUUGCAAUUUCCAAAUGAGAUAAAUCUUUUAAAACGUGAAUACUAUAAUCAGUGGUAUCAUCUGAGCUCAUACUACGUUGCAAUGAUAACUGCCAAAUUGCCCUCUCUGUUCGUACUUUCAAGCAUUUAUUUGACUAUUGUAUAUUUAUCCACAAAUCAGCCUUUGGAAUGGUUCAGAUUUGUCCGAUUUUUUACCAUUGCGUUUCUUACAGCGAUGACUUCGGACAGUUUUGGUCUCAUGGUCUCCAGCCGUCUCUGCUUGGUAAAUGGAAUGUUUAUGGGACCUGUCAUGGCUGUGCCACUAAUAUUACUAUCUACUUAUGGAAUUGGUUACGGUUCCAAAGAAACAUACAUUUCGCCCUUUAUGCGAUUUUUGAUGUCUCUUAGCUAUUUGCGUCAUGGCAUGGAGGGCCUUGUCGCAGCCCUAUAUGAUUUUGGACGAGCUGAUACGAUUUGUGCUGAAACCGAACUAUUUUGUAUGUUCAAAAAAUCUCAGUUUCUAUUAAACUUUCUGGGAUUUAAUAACAUGAACUAUUUAUGGUCCGUAAGCUGUUUAAUAGCAUUCUAUAUAUUGUUCACAAUAGCUGCCUAUGUUAUGAUACGCCAGCGCCUGAAAAAAUCGACAGGAAACCCGAUAGUGGUCUAUAUCAUUCAAAUCUUAAUGAAGCAUUUUAAUUUUACUUCAUAUAAUUACUGAAUUACUCAGGUACAUGUGGCGCUUUACCCGCUUCUCUUACCUUAUAUGAACUUAUUUGGAUUAAUAGCAGAGCAACGCCUGUGAUCAGCUUUAAGACCAUAAGAAGAGCAUAUUUAAAGUGUAAAUCUUUCUAUGUAUUAAUUAUGGGAAUUUGAGUGAUAUUAGUGCUUAAGUAAAAUAAAUACACCAUGUAAGCGAA